CACUGAAAUAGAAUCUUGAUGUCUCAAAAUACCACUCAAUCUGAAUCCCUGUAACUCACGCGGUUUUUAUUCAUUAAACUGCAUUCCCCUUCUCCAACCCUUCCCCCAUUUUACUGCUAGGCAGUAUUUGGAGGAGAAAUGGACGACCCACCAAACGAGUGGGUGUGUUGGACAUCUUGCUACAUGCCGACGACAGAAUAAUAACCGAGGGAAAGGAAAAUAAAGAACGCAUGCACACAAAUACAGGAUUUGCGAUCAAACGCUUUGCUUGCAAUGCUUCUUAAGCAGAGCAGCCACGUUCCGAGAGGUUACAUCGAGUGUGUUAAAUGUAAAUAAGUUGCCCGAUUGCACCCGUUUGUUAUUGUUUAUCGUAUAAAUACAAGCAAAGCAAACAAUAGUCAUCGUUAUAAUGGACACUUCGCUACAAUCAAGAAAUAUGCCACAUUUUCUCUACCCUUGAAGGUUGCCAUUUCUACCUCCCCUCUUGUGUUUGUGUGUGUGUGCGUAAAGCACACCACUUCGUAUUCCUGCGCAGAUGGCUUGCGCUGUUUCGUUGAGGGGGAGGGGAGUGGGGUAAAAUAGAAACGACAUUACUUGAUAGCAGGCUUGAGCGUGUCGAUAAUUUACCCCAAGAAAGACCACAUUCUCCCAUAGCUCGACGAUUCGGCCCGUAUGGAUGGGCUACAUUAUGUCUCCGUAGAGCAAUAGAGUCCGUACUAUUUGUCAUCGGGGCGGAAGAAUACACGCGUAGCCGGAACUGCUUCUGAGCGCUUGGCCGUGAGUGGAGCUGAAUGGAGGAAGCCUCUUCCUGGUGGAUAAACAGUGACAGCUACAGGGCAGCCACCUAGACCCACUACAUUGGCUGGCGCAGCUCUGCCAGCUCCCCCGAAACAACAGCAAAAUGGAUUCAGAUAGUAAAUACAUCGCGCAAUUGACUUCUGAACUGUACUUCCUAAUAGCCCGAUUUCUAGAAGCUGGACCUUGUCAAAACGCAGCCGAGACCCUGAUAAGGGAGGUGGAGGAGAAGGAGCUGCUCCCCAAAAGGCUGGACUGGACAGGACAGGAACACCCUGGGACAUACGAAAAUUUGGUGAAGAUACACAGGCAUGUGGGCCCGGACCACCUGCUCCAGGUGUGCUCCAGGGUGUGUCCCCUGCUGGAGGGCGAGGUGCCCGCCAGCGUGCCCGGCCUCCACAGCCUGCUGGGGGCCGGAAGGCAGAACCUCCUCCGCACCAGCAAGAGCUGCAAGCAUGUGGUGUGGAAGGGAUCGGCGCUCGCGGCGCUACACUGUGGACGCCCCCCAGAGCCGCCCGUCAUCUACGGGAGCCCUCCUAACAUUGUGGAGACGGGUCAUGGGCGUCGGCUGAACGGCUCGUACCGCUUGCGGCAGCUGCUGCCCACGGCGGUCUACCAGCACAUGAAGAUGCACAAGAGGAUCCUGGGACACCUCUCCUCCGUCUACUGCGUCACGUUCGACCGCACCGGCCGCCGCAUCUUCACGGGCUCUGACGACUGCCUGGUGAAGAUCUGGGGGACGGACGACGGCCGGCUGCUGGCCACGCUGCGGGGCCACGCGGCUGAGAUCUCGGACAUGGCGGUCAGCUACGAGAACACCAUGCUGGCCGCCGGCUCCUGCGACAAGACCAUCCGGGUGUGGUGCCUGCAGACCUGCGCCCCGCUGGCCGUGCUGGAGGGUCACGCCGCCUCCAUCACCUCCCUGCAGUUCUCUCCUCUCUGUAGCGGCUCCAAGCGCUACCUGUCCUCUACUGGAGCGGACGGCACCAUCUGCUUCUGGCAGUGGGACGCACGCACACUCAAGUUCUGUCAUAGACCCAGUAAGUUCACAGAGCGUUCCCGACCUGGCGUGCAAAUGAUCUGCUCCUCCUUCAGUGCAGGUGGUAUGUUUCUAGCCACAGGAAGCACCGAUCACAUUAUAAGGGUGUACUACUUUGGAUCGGGACAGCCAGAGAAGAUUUCCGAACUGGAGUCUCACACAGAUAAAGUGGACAGUAUCCAGUUUUCCAACGGCAGUGACAGGUUCGUGAGUGGCAGCAGAGAUGGAACGGCACGGAUCUGGCAGCUGCAGCCUCAGGGCUGGAAGAGCAUUCUGCUGGACAUGCAGACCAAAUUACCCGGGAAGUACAACCCACCCCCGCUGGAAGACAAGGUGACCAAGCUGAAGGUUACCAUGGUAGCGUGGGAUCGCCAUGACGGCACCGUCAUCACCGCCGCCAACAACCUCACCAUCAAGGUGUGGAACUCCACCACCGGGAACCUGGUCCACGUUCUCAUGGGUCAUGAGGACGAGGUGUUUGUGCUGGAGCCGCACCCCUUCGACCCCCGGAUCCUCUUCUCGGCGGGCCACGACGGCAACUGCAUCGUGUGGGACCUGGCGAGGGGGGUGAAGAUCCGCUCCUACUUCAACAUGAUCGAGGGCCAGGGCCACGGGGCCGUGUUCGACUGCAAGUGCAGCCCAGACGGGCAGCACUUUGCGGCCACAGACUCCCACGGACACCUCCUCAUCUUCGGCUUCGGCUCCAGCAGCAAGUACGACAAGAUCGCCGACCAGAUGUUCUUCCACACCGACUACCGGCCGCUGAUCCGCGACGCCAACAACUACGUGCUGGACGAGCAGACGCAGCAGGCGCCCCACCUCAUGCCCCCGCCCUUCCUGGUGGACGUGGACGGGAACCCCCACCCCACCCGCUACCAGCGGCUGGUGCCCGGCCGCGAGAGCUGCCGCGAGGAGCAGCUCAUCCCUCAGAUGGGGGUCACCUCCUCAGGGCUGAACCAGGUGGUCAGUGAGCAGGCGGUCGACGGCUCCAGUCCUCUGGACACCAUGAUCCAGAGGCUCCAGCAGGAACAGGACCAGCGGAGGACCCCCCACGACCCGCCGGCCGCCUCUGACAGCCCCACCACCACCACCACCGCCGCCGCCGCCGCCGCCCCCGCCGCCCUCCCCCCCCUCACCAUCGCUGGGGUCAUCGGUAGCAGGGCCAACCGAGGGUCGGUGGGCUCCCCCAGCGAGGUCCACUCCCCGCCCAACGUGGGUCUGCGGCGCAGCGGGCAGAUCGAGGGGGUCCGGCAGAUGCACAGCAACGCCCCCCGCAGCCAGAUGGCCACGGAGAGGGACCUGGUGGCCUGGAGCCGCAGGGUGCUGGUCCCCGAGCUGGAGGACGCCACCGUCGGGAAGCAGAUCAACUGGCGGGAAGCCAAAGGAGAGGAGGAGAUCAACAUCUAUCGGUCGGAGAGGCGGAGACGAACCAUUCACUCUUUACCAAAGGAGACCAGGGUACCACCGACCUCCGAGUGUGUGGGUGACGAUGCGAGGCGGAGUCAGGGUAACCACGGUUACCACACGCGUGCGGCCAUGGAGGAGACGAGCCGCCAGAGCGCGGAGGCUGCAGAUGACGACGACAGCACAUCGGAGAUGGAGGGAGAGCCGGAGGUGCAACAGGUCAACGGCCACUCCUCAGAGGAAGAGAAGGAGGAGGAGAAAAAAGAACCCUGGCCUGACGACCACAGUAGCUCCAGCGACUACUCCAGCGACUACUCGGACUGGACGGCCGACGCCGGGAUCAACCUGGAGCCGCCCAAGAAGAGCGUGAGGGUGAAGAAGAAGAGCAGCAGCUCCGAGGAGGACGGCGGCGAGAAGAAGAGGGACGGCAAGAAGGACCGCAAGAAGGACAAGGCCGACAAAGAUGGCGCUGUACCGAAGAAGAAGCAGCCCAAGGAGAAACGCAAGAGGGCGGAGUUACAGGAGGAGGGGCUAACUCUGGAGGAGUGGCUUCCCUCUCCCUGGAUCACGGACACGGUUCCCAGGCGGUGUCCUUACAUACCGCAGAUGGGAGACGAGCUGUACUACUUCAGACAAGGCCACGAGGCGUACGUGGAGAUGGCGAGAAAGAAGAAGAUCUACAGUAUAAAUCCCAAAAAGCAACCCUGGCAUAAGAUGGAACUUCGGGAACAGGAGCUGAUGAAGAUAGUGGGCAUCAAAUACGAAGUGGGGUUGCCCACGCUGUGCUGCCUGAAACUCUCCUUCCUGGACCCCGACACGGGCAAACUGACCGGAGGGUCCUUCUCCAUGAAGUACCACGACAUGCCAGACGUCAUCGAUUUCCUGGUUCUCCGGCAGCAGUUUGACAACGGCCGAGAGCGUCAGUGGAGUAUAGGGGACCGCUUCAGGUCGGUGAUCGACGACGCCUGGUGGUUCGGGACCAUCGAGAGCCAGGAGCCCUUCCAGUCCCAGUACCCUGACAGCCUGUUCCAGUGCUACAACGUCUGCUGGGACAACGGGGAUACUGAGAAGAUGAGUCCCUGGGACAUGGAGCCCAUUCCGAAUGAGGCCUCCUUCCCAGACGAGCUGGGUCUGAGCGUGCCCCUGGCGGAGGAGGAGCAGCAGGAGCUGCUCUACGUGCCCCUGGAGGGCGAGUGGGGCGCCCGCGGCCGCGCCGACGAGUGCGAGCGCAUCAUCAAAGCCAUCGACCAGCUCGUCACUCUCGACGUGGCGGCGCCUUUCGCCUUCCCCGUGGACCUGCAGGCCUACCCGUCCUAUUGCACCGUGGUGGCCUACGUCACCGACCUCAGCAGCAUACGCCAGCGGCUUGAGAACCGCUUCUACCGGCGCAUGUCUUCCCUGAUGUGGGAGGUGCGCUACAUCGAGCACAACGCCCAGGCCUUCAACGAGCCCGGUGCCUUCAUCGUCACCACCGCCAAGUUCGUGUCGGACCUCAUGCUCCAGUUCAUCAAGGACCACACUAUGACGGACAUCAUCCCCCUGUACAAAACCAUGAAGAAGUCCACCUUCUCUGAUUCUGAAGAAGAGGAUGAGGAGGAGGAAGAGGAGGAGGAGAACACUCCGGGAACGUCUGCGAGGAAAACAAAGGGCCGGCGCCCCAUGCAGAGGCAGCGGCGCACGCGACCCCCGUCCUACGACCCCCAGGCCUGGAGGGGGCGCUGCAAGGAGCUGCUGGACCUCAUCUUCCAGUGCGAGGACUCUGAGCCCUUCAGGGAGCCUGUGGACCUGCACGAGUAUCCGGACUACCUGGAGAUCGUGGAGUCCCCCAUGGACUUCAGCACCGUGCAGAGCACACUCUCCGACGGGAAGUACAAGUCUCCCAUCGACCUCUGCAAGGACAUCCGCCUCAUCUUCAGUAACUCCAAGGCCUACACGCCCAGCAAGAAGUCGCGGAUCUACAGCAUGAGCCUGCGUCUCUCGGCCCUGUUCGAGGAGCACGUCAACUCCAUCCUGGACGACUACAAGGCCAUCCACGGCCUGACGGACAAGCUGACCCGCCAGCGGACGGACAGACAGACACGCCACGCCGCCACCGCCUCAGGCUCUGCCUCUGACCGCCCGACGCGCCACGCCCCCAAGAGGAGGCGGCGACGCAGGAGCGAAUCGCCCGCCAGCAGCACCGCGUCGAGCCCCGAGAGGAAAAGGCGCGUGUCCUCCCGGACGUCCGGGCGCCGCGAGCCGUCGCCAGGGCCGACGCCCCCCUCCUCCUCCUCCUCCUCCUCGGGCUCCGCCCCCGCCUCAUCCUCGCGGCCGGCCUCGCUGAGGCAGGCUCCGCCCCUCAGGACCCCCCCGCAGCUGCUCAACGGGAAGGGGGACGCCGCGCAGACGCCGGGACGGACGCGCAGCUCGCUGCGGCACUCGACGCACUCUCCCCCGCUGUCCUCGCACGCCGCCGCCGCCGGAGCUAACGCUGGCGCACAUGCUAGUGCUAGCGCGCACGCCGCCGCCACAGAGACACCUACGCGCCUGCUGCGUGGUCACAACCCGGUCGCUGUGACGACCCCCCCGGAACCCGAGAGACCGGCGCGCUCCCCCCCCGCCGAGGGCGGUGGCGGAGGAAGUACCCGACGGAAACUCAGGACCCCCGUACGACUCACGCCAGCCUCUCCCACCCGGACCCCCAGCCGUACCCCGGCCGUCGGCACGGUGCACCUCAACGGCCACAGCCGGGACAGCAGCAGCGGCGGCGGUCACGGGACCGCGGGCGUGGGCCGACGGGGCCGGCGGCCGCGGCCCGAGGCGCCGGCGAGCCGCGCGCCGGAGGUCACCGCCGUGUCGCCCGCAAGCUCCCCCCGGCCACGGGGCCGGCCCCCCGGCAAGAAGAGGGGCCGCAAGAGCAAGCAGGAGCUGGCGGAGCUACGGAGGAGGAGCAGCCAUCGCAGCUCCUCCCCUGAGGAGGAAGAGGAGGAGGAGGAAGAGGAGGAGGAGGAGGAGGAGGAGGAAGAGGAGGAGCCCGACCAGUCGACGGGCGAGGAGGGCGGCACCUCGUCGGCGGCCGUGCCGUCGGGGCCCGGGACGGCGCCCGCCACCCCCAGGCGCCGCGGACGGCCGCGGCUGGUGCGGCCCGAGGAGGUGGCCCCGCCCCCGGCGGAGCCGCCGUCAGACUCCUCCCCGCUCGGGAGGAGGCGGAGCAGCAGGCGGGCCAACGAGGAGACCACGCCCCCGGCCCAGACCGCCACGCCCCGCGCCCUGCGGAGAGAGUCUCGGAGGGGAGCGGAGGAGGAGGAGGAGGGGGAGGAGGAGGGAGGCGAUGACGAAGAGGAAGGGGAGGGGGAUGAGGAGGAAGGAGAGGAAGGAGAGGAGGGAGAAGAGGGCGACGGCGGCAGGGGGUCCAUGCGCACGCGGAACCAGGGGCGGCGGUCGGCCUUCUACCUGGAGGAGGACUCUGAGGAGGAGCAGAGACAGCUGCUGUUCGAGGACUCGUCCAUCACAUUCGGGACGUCCUCCAAGGGGCGCGUCCGCAAACUCACAGAGAAGGCCAAGGCCAACCUGAUUGGCUGGUAAACCCGAUUGGCUGGUCACCUCAUUGGCCACUGUAAUGGAACAGUCACACAGGAUAUAAGGAUCCAACCAUCCUGCAAGGCACAGCGCAGAGACGCAUGGGGGGUUUGGGAUGGAGGCGGCGGGGGGGAAAGAUGUGGAGACAUGCUGGUUGUUUACCCCUACUUUUGUGUGUGCGUGCGUGCGUGCGUGCGUAUGUGUGUGUGCCUGCGUCUAAACACGCCCAGAACGGAGUCGGUAGAGUCGGCCACCCCUUCCGACUGUGUGACAAAGAGUUUGGUCGUCGGAUUCCUCCCGCUCUAUUGGUCCAUGUUGGAUCCUAUCGGGGCGAGCAAACCCUGAGCUCCGCUGCUGAGGGUCACGUGACUUCAGUCACCCCGUUUCAGUCAACCACUCCUCUCGGGCGCCCCGGCGAUGCCGUCUUAUGUCAAAUCCUCGGGAAGAACUAGUCUGAGAAAAACAGCUUUAGUACUUCAAAAACCGAACUGCGGAGAACACUAGGUGCGCGUGCGGGCGAGGUACCGACGUCCAGACUUGAGGACUUUCCCAGAGACUGAUUAAGUGCGCUGUAAGGUCUAAGGAAUAAGGUUACGUGUACCAGCCGCAGAGUCAUGAAGAGACGACGUAGACGCAACCAGGAAUAGCGUUUGUCCCGCCGUCGGUCGACACGCUGCGAUGGACGUGUAGAAAACAGACUUCGGACUCUCCUUCUGUAAUCACACGGGCGUCUUUUUGAUAUAUAUAUAUAUACAUAUAUAUAUUAAAAAAAAAAUGUUUUUGCUUUUUGUACGAUUUGUACGUGAUGUUCGUUGUCUCUCUCUCUCUCUCGGUUUCGAAAGUCUUACGUGUCGGCAAGAGGGGUCGAGCCCGUCCGACCCUAGUGUGACUGUUUUGUGCUGAAAUACCAAAUGGGCGUGCCUCGGUGGGUACCAUAGAUCUGUAGGUUCUGUUUACUCUCCCAGUGAGUGAGUGAGUGUGAAUGAGUGAGUGUGGGUGUGUGUUACUUCUUUGUUCCUGCACGUCAACUAUAGAGGGAAAGAGGCGGUGACUUGAUGUUUUUUGUGUUGUUUUAUUACAUUGAUGAGGAGAACGCGAUGCAUGGUGAGAGCUUCAUCUAUAUGUCUGUAUAGACAUGUUCCAAUGUC